AUGGACGAAGACGAGAUCGAAAUGAUGCGGCAAUACUCGCAGUCCCCGCGUUCAAGCAGUCGAACACCCCGCAACAAACCUCUUCCAAACCAAGCGCCUCAAGAAACAAUCAAGCAAUUCUGGAAUCAGUUCAACACCAGGUACCCCGGAAAGAUUUUCACCAUCUUGCCUGACAAUCCUUAUGCUCGCAGUAAAGCUGCAAAACAACCGACGGGUGUCGUUCAAGGCUCGGACGCCGCGAGAUCCUAUGAGCAAGCCAGGAAGGAAUGCGAAUUAGCUGUUGAGCGCAUCGUCAAAGAAUGCGAACGUAUCAAUCAGAGAUACAGUGAUCCGCAUUUCGACAUCGAAUUCGAUCUGAAAACUGGAAAGAGGAAUUGUCUCGAUGGUCUAGCCGAAGAGAAUAUGGAAAUGCGACCCAGAGGUGUCAGGAGGGUGACGCUCUACCUCCGCGCGGCCGACUACGACGAGUCGAUCGACGAACGACCAAUUUGGGAUGAUAUCAAUCGAAAGGACACAGAGGAGGAAUAUCGCAAGGUUUGGCAGACUGGAUCUCGCGCGCUGUAUUUUGCACAGUGCUCGGACGAUAACGAGACAUGGCUUCCUUUGCUAGAAAAGGCGUACGCCAAGGCACAUGGAGAUUAUACUGCAAUUGAGGGUGGUUUUGUCGGAGAGGCAAUUGAAGAUCUUACGGGUGGAGUGACUUCCGAGAUUCUUUCGACCAAUAUUCUCGACAAAGAUAAAUUCUGGAAGGAAGAGUUGAUGAAUGUCAACAAACAAUUCCUUUUCGGCUGCGCAACAGGUAUAUUCUCAAACUGGCUGGAUCCAAAAUAUCAAGGACCACCAAGAGAGCGCAAAGGUAUAUCCGAAGGACACUCAUACUCGAUCAUGGAGGCAAAGGAAAUCAACGGAUUCAGGUUACUUCGCUUGAGAAACCCAUGGGGAAAGAAAGAGUGGAGUGGCGCAUGGAGUGACGGCUCCGAGGAGUGGACUCCUGAGUGGAUGAGAUUGCUCAAUCACAAGUUUGGCAACGAUGGGGUAUUCUGGAUUUCAUAUGAGGACCUUCUUAGAAAGUAUCAGCACUUCGACCGGACGCGCCUUUUCGGACCCGAAUGGACACUGACCCAACAAUGGAUGAGUCUGAACGUGCCGUGGUCAGCAGACUAUGCUCGCGAAAAAGGCCUCGAAGGGGAAUACGACUUUACCCUGCAAUUCCGGCUCCAGAAGGAAGGUGAGGAGGAUUACAUCGUUCGCAGCACCACGAAUUAUAUGAUGUCUCGAUCAGUGAAUACAGAUAUUACUCUUGACGCCGGAAGAUACUGCGUCUUGGUUAAAGUGACGGCCUACCGACGGAAGAAUGUGGACAGCCCUGUAGACGUAGUACGGACCACUGCGUCGCGUCGACGAGAGAAGCUGGUGCAGAUUGGUCUUUCAUAUGACCUGGCUCAUACCAAAGGCCUUUCAUUGGAAACAGAAGCAGAGAAGAAGGAGCGCGAGGAGCGCGAAGAACGGCAAAGAUUCCUGGAACGACAGAAGCUUCGUGAUCAAACCAUGAAAAAGCUACAGCAACAGCAUAUACGAGAGAAAAAGAUCCAAGCAAGAAGAGAGAGGAUGAUGAGACGCGAACGACUUCGAGAGGAAGUAGAAGCGGAAAAGCACUUUCACGCCGAGUCGGAAGACGACGUAGAAGACGCAGACUUGACUCCCAAAGUUCGAAAUGGACACGACAAUCUUGAUCAGAUGACCAGUGCACACAAUGGGAAUGGAAACGGUAUUGGCAACGGACUGCAAUCUGCGCAGCCAACAACACGAAGAGCACGUGGAUCAAGCCGACCGAUCCGACCAAUGCUCAGAACAGACUACCCUAAAACAAGCGCCAGUCGCUACCAGGAAAUGAUGGAACUAUUGCAAGACUUUGAAUUCGACUCUGACCUUGACAUGCCACCAGAACACUCGCCAGCACGUCCUUCCCCUUCAUCUACCGCAUCAUUCCCAGGUCCGCCACCACCAAAUAGCGGAGGGGGAGAUGGAAGCGUCAACCCAUGGAAUGCAGUGUGCGUUGUUGGACUAAAAGUGUUCUCCAAAGAUCCCGAGUUGAAGCUACAAGUUGUACGGCCGGGAUGCUACGAUGGUGAAGCGCCGCUGGAUCGUGAUGAUCCGGCUGUUUCGGCGACGUUUGAGACGAGGGCGUCGUUCAUUUUUAAGGAGUAG